CUUUCUAAAACCAACUUUUCCAACAACAACGAUUUCCGUGCUCUUCUGCAAUCUUUGUAUGCUACUUUCAAAGAGUUCAAAAUGCAUGAGCAGAUUGAAAAUGAGUACAUUAUUGGCUUACUUCAGCAGCGCAGCCAGACCAUUUAUAAUGUGCAUUCUGACAAUAAACUCUCUGAGAUGCUCAGCCUCUUCGAAAAGGGACUGAAGAAUGUUAAGAAUGAAUAUGAGCAGUUAAAUUAUGCAAAACAGCUGAAAGAGAGACUGGAGGCUUUUACAAGAGAUUUUCUUCCACACAUGAAAGAGGAAGAAGAAGUUUUUCAGCCCAUGUUAAUGGAGUAUUUUACCUAUGAAGAGCUUAAGGACAUUAAGAAGAAAGUGAUUGCACAGCAUUGCUCUCAGAAGGAUACUGCGGAACUCCUUAGGGGUCUUAGCCUAUGGAAUCAAGCUGAAGAACGGCAGAAGUUUUUUAAAUAUUCUAUGGAUGAAAAAUCGGAUACAGAAGCAGAAGUGGCAGAGCACUCUACAGCUAUAACCCACCUUCCACCUGAGGUAAUGCUGUCAAUUUUCAGUUACCUUAACCCUCAAGAAUUAUGUCGGUGCAGUCAAGUCAGCACCAAAUGGUCUCAGCUGGCAAAAACUGGAUCCCUUUGGAAACAUCUUUACCCUGUACAUUGGGCCAGAGGGGAUUGGUAUAGUGGCCCGGCCUCAGAGCUUGAGACUGAGCCUGACGAGGAGUGGGUGAAGAGCAGGCAAGACGAGAGUCGCGCCUUUCAGCAGUGGGAUGAGGAUGCAGAUGUAGACGAAUCUGAAGAGUCUGCAGAGGAAUCAGCUGCUAUUAGCAUUGCACAAAUGGAAAAACGUUUACUCCAUGGCUUAAUUCAUAAUGUUUUGCCGUAUGUUGGAACUUCUGUAAAAACUUUAGUACUGGCAUAUAGCUCUGCAGUUUCCAGCAAAAUGGUGAGGCAGAUUUUGGAGCUGUGCCCUAACCUGGAGCACCUGGACCUUACCCAGACCGACAUUUCCGAUUCUGCAUUUGACAGUUGGUCUUGGCUUGGUUGCUGCCAGAGUCUUCGGCAUCUUGAUCUGUCGGGAUGUGAGAAGAUCACAGAUGUGGCUCUAGAGAAGAUUUCCAGAGCUCUUGGGAUUCUAGCAUCUCAUCAGAAUGACUUUGCGAAAACUACUGCAAGCAGCAUUACUUCAACUAAAUGGAAAAAUAGAGACGUUCCCAUGCAGUCUACAAAGCAGUAUUCCCAUUUGCGUGACUUAACUCCCAAAGGCAUUGAGGAAGAAAUAGAUAAUGAACACACCUGGACUAAGCCUAUUUCUUCUGAAAGUUUUACUUCUCCCUAUGUGUGGAUGUUAGAUGCUGAAGAUUUGGCUGAUAUUGAAGAUGCAGUAGAAUGGAGGCAUAGAAAUGUUGAAAGUCUCUGUGUAAUGGAAACAGCAUCCAACUUUGGUUGUUCCUCGUCUGGUUGUUACAGUAAGGAUAUCGUUGGCCUAAGGACUAGUGUCUGCUGGCAGCAGCAUUGUGCUUCCCCAGCCUUCGCUUAUUGUGGCCAUUCGUUCUGUUGCACCGGGACAGCUCUCAGAACUAUGUCAGCACUCCCAGAGUCUUCAGAGAUGUGUAGGAGAGCGUUAAGGACUACCUUGCCUCGCGGAAAGGACUUCCUUGAUUUUGGGAGUGAAAAAUCUGAUCAAGAGACUGGACGUGGACUUUUGUUUCUCAGUCUGUCUGGAUGCUACCAGAUCACAGACCAUGGGCUCAGGGUUUUGACUCUGGGAGGAGGGCUGCCUUAUUUGGAGCACCUUAAUCUCUCUGGUUGUCUUACUGUAACUGGUGCAGGCCUGCAGGAUUUGGUUUCGGCUUGUCCUUCUCUAAAUGAUGAAUACUUUUACUACUGUGACAACAUUAACGGUCCUCAUGCUGAAACCGCCAGCGGAUGCCAGAAUUUGCAGUGUGGUUUUCGAGCCUGCUGCCGAUCUGGUGAAUGACUCUUGACUUCUGACCUUUGUCUACUUCAUUUAGCUGAGCAGGCUUCCUUUCAUGCACUUUACUUACAGCACAUUUCUUGUGUUAACAUCCCUUUUUGAGUGUGUCUUGUUUUGGCCCCAUUUCUUACAACCUCAGAAUUCUUAAUCUACCAGUGAAUUGUACAGUGUUGUUUCUUAUGCAAAACACACUUUUGUUUUAGAAUGAUAUUAGGUUUUUUGGUAGGGGUGAGAACAGUCUUACUGGGUUUCUCUUAAACAAAAUGCUUCAAAAGGAAUGU